UUAAGGACACUUCCAUGAACAGCAAGGCCGGCAACAUGCAGUUCGAAUUCUUCAAGAAAGUAAUUGCUUGUAUUCUUGCUUGUCUCGAACUUUCACGGAACCAACAGUCUAGAUGUACAACAUACACCAUGAAUAAAAAGUUUAUCGGGUCACUUCAGGAAGAUCGAGCAAAGCCUCUCUGGGAAUUCGAGAGGGAAUCUGUUGGUUUGGUCAUGCAUUUUUGUUUCUCUCAAUGUGAGAGAGACCAGCGAUGUGUCGGGAUCGAAAUUUGCACGAUACGACCAGACUUGUCACGGUGCAGGGGAUGUUGUGAAUGGUACGUGAUUGACAAAGAUGGAGGUCUCCCCGGAAAUGCUACGGAUGGCUGCAAAUAUUUUGAACUGAGCAAAAAUAACAUGGAAUCAAGAGGAAGCAGAGUGUCCGCAAACUUGUCAGCAGUAGCAAGUACCACAUGGUGGCCGAUCAAGAACAACAUCGUUUCCAAUGUUCUUGAUGGGAUCCCCUACUGCAAUAGAAGUAAUAUAUACAGUUCAGCUAGAGAACCAAAUCCAUGGCUAGAAGUUACACUGCCCGGGGCAAUAACGAUUUGGAAAAUAGUAAUCUACAAUGGUGAUAUAUUUAGUUUUGCUUUUGUCAACGUAAACGUUACGUACAGUAAAAACGGUGUCACCGACAUCUGUGGCUUUUAUCCGGGUGUAUUAUCACGUAACAGUGAUCAAGUUUCGUUCUACUGCCCACCGGAAGCUCAUGCUACUACAGUAAAACUGCAAAUUCAGUCCAAGCCAGGACAACUCGAUUUUCUCUAUUUGUGUGAAAUUGAAAUCUACCGGAAAAGUUAAAUCCUACCCAAUUCAAUUCGAAUUUUAUUUUAUGUCCCGUUAUCUAUACAUUUUUCAUAUAUUACUUGUUUAUGCAUUAAUUACGGCUAUCAAUGUGCUUUCUAUAGACUCUCACCUAUAUUUCAUAUGUUUUUGGCGCAAUAUUGUUGUAUGACGUCACUUGCCAGACUGUAUUCAUAUUGUGACGUCAUAGUAUAUGUUCUACGUUGUGUUGCUAUAGACAAUAAACACCGACUGAUGAAGACCGGUAACACGGUCGAAAUAUUUUGAAACAGUGUUUUAAAAGUUUUUUAUUAUAUAUAUAUAUAUAU